AUGAGUUCUAUCAACGGCAAUUCGAAGACUCCUACUCCGAAAGUUGGUGGUAAAUCAAACUAUAUAAAUUUGAAGCUAACUGUUAGACUUUUACCGCCUACUUUAACCAAAGAUCAAUUCAAAGAGCAGUUAGCUAACUACACCACGUUGUUAAAGGAUGGCUCAAUAUGUGAUUACUAUUACGUCCAAGGAUGCUAUCCUACAAAGCCAUAUGAAAAGCCCACUUAUUCAAGAGCAUAUUUGCUUUUCAAGAACCAAGUAUCGCUCGACCAAUUUAUGAAGGAGAUUAAUGGAAAAUCGUUCAUUGAACUGGAAACGAACGACUCAUUGAUACCGGCUAUUGGAAAGUCAUUAUACAACAAGAUGCCAAUAGAUAGGUUAAAUAAUACGACCUCAACGUCGAAAAAAUACGAGGAUGAUGAGUUCUACAAAGAGUUUAUAUCUUUAUUAGAAGCCAACAAGAGUGAAUCGUUUGAUAUUGUAACGAUAAAUAAGAAGUUGAAAAAGAAGAAUAAAGACAAGAAGAAAAAGGAAAAAGACCCUAAAAAGAAGGAGGAUAAGAAAACCAAAGCGAAAGAAGAGAAAAAACUGGCAACGCCCAAGUCGGCAAAAGCAGGAGAUAAGGCAGGAGACAAUACAAAAGCUCCCUCGAAGGCCAGAAAGAGAAACAGAAAUAAGAAGGCUACAGAAACUGACAGUACAAAUGACAAAGUGAAGCAGAAACAGCCCGCAGAUGGUAAACCUUCUGAUACCCCAGCGAAGCACGCAACCAAAUCCAAAAACAAAGCCCUGGAUUCUUCGAAGGGGAAACAAGAUGCCAAGGCUAAGGCGAAACUGGAUUCAAAACAGAAAUCAAAGGUGACUCAAGACACCAAGCAAAAACCCAACCCGUCUUCAUCUGGCAAUAACGAAGAUACUCCCAAAAAGCCAAAGAUUAAAAUAAAGCAUAAACCCAAAGGACAGAAUCAAAAACCAAAUACAGAAUCCUCAAACAAUUCAUAA